ACAAAUCUUCUCAGAAGGGGGAUUGGAACCCAAACCUUGUUCAUGCCCAAAGCAUUCUUGCAAUUUGGGCUAGCCAAGUGGUCCUUAUGGGUUUGAUAGAAGAGUACAAGGUUGGUGGAGGUCCAUUACGGGAAGGGCUUGAUAAGAUCUUUCCCGGAGGAUCAUUUUACCCUUUAGGACUUGCAGAUGACCCUGAAGCUUUUGCAGAACUUAAGGUAAAGGAGCUUAAGAAUGGAAGACUAGCUAUGUUCUCUAUGUUUGGAUUCUUUGUACAAGCUAUUGUUACUGGAAAGGGUCCGGUUGAGAACUUGUCUGACCAUAUUGCUGAUCCUGUGGCUAAUAAUGCUUGGGCAUUUGCCACAAACUUCGCCCCUGGUAAAUGAGAGUAUGUGUAAAAAUCAUGUUAUCUUAUAGUCAGAAAUGAAUAAAAACACAUUUUACAAGUUGAA